CCGAACCCGACGGGAUUGGGAGCGUGAAGACCAGUGGAUCCAGCCAGCCACAUAGCGCACGCAUACAUACAACGGCGGAGUGGAGCAAACCAGUAACGUUAAUCCAGGAAGUGUCUCGGUAGCAAACAUUUUAUACGCGGUCGUCAAGAAGAAAAGGCUGCCACUUCACUGCGGACUCCACGGGAAACGGUUUUGUGUGAAAGUUGUGUGUAAAAAAAAGUAAGCAGCAAGGAAAACUCCUCCCCGCCGUUUCCCAGCCAGAGUGUGUGUAGUGAACCCCGUGGGCAGCCUGGCCUGUUCGGAACCAUCCCGAGAAUUGAUUUUUCUUCCUCCUGUUCCAGAUUUGGGUCCUGUUUUGCCCACGGAACAGUCGCGCGCGGUGUGUGCUCGUUUUUUUUUUGUUAUCUCGCUCCUACCCGAACACAGGAAUGGAUCUGUGGAAAAUUGCCUUUUCCUAAAGUGCAGAAGUUGCAAAAGUGAAGCCCUUUCCUUUGAAAACUGUUAAACUGUGCAGCUCCGAUGAUGAAAGCCCUUCCGAGCUCUUUCCCGUUUCGUCUUUGCCGUGUACAGAGCGUAAAGUAAAAACGCGUGCGAGUUCCCGAGACACGGUUGUGGGAACCGCCCCGUGGUGGGGUGGGAACGAGUGAAGGGGUGGGUAGUGCGGAUCGAUUGCCAAAGGAUUAACACACACACGCGGGAGGAGGGUGAUCCCGAUUCGGACGCAAAGACGGAGCAUUUUUGUAGCAGUCGACAGGAGCAGAACCAGCAGCCGCAGCAGCAGGAGUCUUGCCCGGAGUGCUGCUAUGCCUUGUUACGUCUGAACCAAAAUAUUUACCCACAUAUCUCCGGUGGACUGCAGUCUUGCUUCGGGCGAACGUAUCGUACGGAAACAGAACCAGUCGGAACGACAUCGGCGGACAACCUCCUCCUGGUGGGCCCCACGGAAUACCACCACCAUCAUCGGAAUCUCGAUCCCAGCUAUCACGAGCGAGCAGCGGCCGCAGCAGCAGUAGCAGCAGGAGCAGGAGCAACCAGAAAAAGAUCCUUCAAGCAACCAUCGCAUUGUACCAUCUACCACCCCGCAUUCACCACCAGAAUCACCCCCAGCACGGCCAUGGACGAGAACGAAGUGAUGGCAGCGUACCUGUGGAGUAAGCAGUCCCAGGACCUGUACGCCAGUCACGGUCUGAAAGACUUGCAUCAUCUGCACCAGGAUUUCAUCAUCAAUGACUACACCGAUAAGAUCGCCACCAACAUCGAUCUGUUGGACACGGAACUGAAGUUUGCCUGGGCUGCCCUGAACCUUCUGAACGAAGAGUACACCCGGAUGUCGGAGAAAGUGUUCAAGCUGCAGUCGUUGAAUGUUUCCCAGCAGCGAAUCGUCCAGAAUCUACAGUUCAUGGAGGAGAACCGAAAGGCCUACCUGGACAUGAUACCGGACUAUGCGAGACAUCACGAGUAUUCAUUGCAGGAGCAAUCCCGGCUUCGUGAGGACCUGGAAUACCGGGAUUGCAUCAAUGAAGCGUACAUGAAUAGCAUGCAUCAGCAACAACAGCAGCAGCAGUUCCUUUUCCACCAUCAGCACCAGGUUCCUCCUCCUCCUCCGUAUGCCUACGAGCAAGGUCCUUACAAUCCAACGGACGAGGCUGCUCAACAACAGCAUCAGCAAUACUGGUUGAUGCGACGAAAUCUUUCCAAUAUUCCGGAAGUUCUCCAAGAGCAAUACAGCAAUGGGCAGCAACAGCAGGCAAUGGAAUCCUAUGGAGCAAUGGCGACCCGCUACCAGCACGAUUCGUCACGGAUGUCCACGAAUCCCUUCCUGACGUCGUUGGAAGCCGAAGAAGGUAUCUUACGGGAAAUCGUACCGGCGGAUAAUGCGGCCUUGAUCGAACAACAAUUGCGCGCUUCCUUUUUGAAUCAUGCCAAACAGAUGGAACUCGAGUACGGGCAGCCAUCGACGAAGCAACGAACGGUGCAACGUAUCGAGAAGAUGAGUAACGGAGAUAUCAAGGAGAUGAUAACGAAGGUGAUGGACGAUGAAGACGUGGCUUCGUUGAGCAGCGAAGAGGUCGAUAAGGUUCGGACAUUUAUGGCUAAGAACUGUGCCGACUUGCGGGAAGUUUUUGCGGAAGAGUUUUCCCCGCUGGCGAAGGACACCCUCAGGUCUGGUCAAAAAAAAUUCGGUGGUGUGAGCCCGCGUAAAGAGUUCAACAAGUACGUUCAUCUGCCGGAUGCCGAAGGUAUUGCUUCACUGACCAGUGACGACCUACUGACCGUGGAGGAUGGAACGAUCAUCAUCCAAGAUAAUGCCGGUCCCGGAAGUAGUCACGAUUUCAAGCUCAAUCUCAACACAGGCAAUCUGGCGGCAAUAAAUGGGGUGGAAGGUAGCACGACACCCAAAAAUCUCAGCGAGUUUUCACCGUUCGGCAUGCAGAAGUGCCUAACCAGAGAUCCCGGCCUGGAAAACCACGUUGACAACCUGCUAAGGAAGCCAAGUUUUGCGGAGUUGAUGAGUGGUAAGUCUGUUGCCGACACUGCCCUGACUUAUACGAAUUUGAAUGGUGAACCGGAAUCAAUCUUCAGCCAAAGCUUCAAGGAGGCCGUCGAGGCCAAGCUGGCCGGACAGGCUGUACAAAUCGCGGGAAACAUGAUGGGACUGGGCGAACCGAUCCCUCCAUUUCCUUCCGGUUCCACCGUUAAACCAAAUAUCAGUGAAGCUUUAGAUGCAGCUUCCGCAGAAUCGCGAAGGCCGAGCACUGCGGAAGCGGCCGAAUUUAGACGAGUUAGUAUUACCGAAUCAUUGUUAUCGACGUUAGCUAGAAAACCAAGUAUAACCGUAUCUUCCGAGUUAUCGCGAAAACUAAGCAUCACGGAAGCAUGCGAACAACCGUUAAUCGCGACUAUUCCUCGUAAGCCAAGCGUUACCGAACCGUUGGAGGCACCGUCAGCUUUCCAUCCGGUUGUUAGGAAAUCUAGUAUUAAGGAACCGCCAUCGAGCCCUCCGAUGUUUACUCCCCUGCCCGGGCAGACGUCCAUCACCGACACCCCGGAGAUGCAGGCUAUCUACGAAUCGUUAUCGCGGAAAUCCAGCAUCCCAACGCUCGGCGAUGGAACAUUCUUUCCGUCGUUGGACAUCACCGACUCCGGGUUCGCUGAGUGCAGCACUGAUGGAAUGGGUCUGUUUCCAACGAUUCCUCUGAUGUCCUCCACCAGCGACGCUCCCGUAAGCUUACCGGAUUUUUCAACGAUGUCAACCCUUUCCACUGCACCGGAAACGUCGGAGGCAUCGUCGUUUCUGCAUCUGUCGAUGAAUUCGUCCGGCAUUAGUGAAGCAUCCGACAGUUUGAUCCUUCCGGUGUCGGCUGUCGAAUCUACAAUAUCUGCCAUCUCAGGUCAACAGGCCAUAUCGAAAGAAGUCAGCCUGCCACAGGAAAAAAUAUCCACCUUACCGCCCAUAUCAGCUGCUCCGGCCACAAUGGCCGCAUUGGCCGACAGCAAACCGAUAGCUCAAGCCACGGCACCUCCGUUGACAACCAGUUCUUCUAUCGUGAAACCGAUAGCGACAGCUCAAACUAUUACCACACCAAGUCCGAUUACGAAACCAGCCCAAAAACCGACUACGUCUCAACCACAAGCACAACAACAACAACCACCACAGCAAUUGCAGCAACAACCCCCGCAACAAGUGCCGCAAUCGCAACCGCAGCAACAACCACAACAGCAAGCCGGUUUCUUUCAGGGAACCACGGCAAACACCAAACUUUUCGGCGGGUUCUUCAACAAAGUCAACAAAAACCUUACUCACCAGGAGAGCACCGACAGUCUGAUCAGUACCAAAUCGAAAGCGUUUUUCGCCACAAUGAAAAGUUCGUUUUCGUUGGAUUCCUCUAAGCAAUCUCAAGACGACGGUACCGUGCAACCGCAACCGCAACCGGAACAACCGCUGCCUGAGCCGUCAAUGCCGGAACAAGCGGGAGGUGAUUAUAUUCAGUCGCCACCUUCCUCGUCCAGUGGUCAGGUACCGGCGACGCCAGAAGAAAACACCACUACUUCACCCCAAUCCCCAGCAGACGUAGGACAGGCCCAGUUUCAGCAACUAAAUACUCCUUUGCAAGAACAACUACCGUUACAACAACAACAACAACAGCAGCAGCAACAACAACAACAACUUUACUCACCGGGAGAUCAGCAGUUAAUGAAUGAGACAACAACGGAGUUCCCGACCCUUAAUGGGAGCACAACGAUAGCCAACGCACAAGAGAUGGUGGCGGAAGAAGAGCCACUGCCGGAUGACGAUGCUCCGAAAGGAACCCAUCGGAAGCAGAGUCUUUUUCGUGCGCAAGGCAGUGAAGAUGGCGAAGGCGGCAGCAAGUGGAAACUUCUGAAGACACUGAAGGAGAAACGCAUCGAGGAAAAGCAGAAAGUAACCGACAGCGACGAGGCGGUGGACGAACAUGGGAUUUUCAAAAAGGUCGACGUUGUAAAACCCGAGGAAGUUGAGAAACGGAAUGGAACAUCGGAUAGCGGACGCGGAAACGGAAUGGGAGACAACACCUUCUACAGUAACAUCGACAGUAUGCCGGAUAUUCGACCGCGGCGUAAGUCGAUACCGCUGGUGUCGGAAUUGACGAUGGCAGCUACAAAGCGACAGGCUGGCUUAACUUCGGCGGUCCCUCGAGCGACGUUGAACGACGAAGAACUGAAAAUGCACGUCUACAAGAAGGCUCUCCAGGCGUUGAUCUAUCCGAUUUCAUCGACAACCCCACACAACUUCGUACUGUGGACAGCAACUUCCCCAACUUACUGCUACGAGUGCGAAGGACUGUUGUGGGGUAUCGCCCGUCAGGGUGUGAGGUGUACGGAAUGUGCCGUCAAGUGCCACGAAAAGUGCAAAGAUCUUCUCAACGCGGAUUGUCUGCAAAUGUGCUUCGCGGGUGCGUCGGAGAAAAGCAACAAACAUGGUGCCGCCGAGGAUAAGGCAAACUCGGUGAUUGCUGCCAUGAAGGAGCGCAUGAAGCAACGAGAACGCGACCGACCGGAGAUUUUUGAAGUUAUCAUGAAAGUGUUCAACGUCGAAGAAAAAAGUCACGCGGGUCACAUGAAGGCAAUCAAGCAGAGCGUCCUGGAUGGAACGAGCAAGUGGUCAGCCAAGAUCGCCAUCACCGUAAUCUGUGCCCAGGGGUUGAUUGCGAAGGACAAGAGCGGUACCAGUGAUCCCUACGUCACCGUCCAGGUUAGCAAGGUGAAGAAACGUACGCGAACGAUGCCACAGGAGCUGAACCCGGUGUGGAACGAGAAGUUCAACUUUGAAUGUCACAACUCUUCCGAUCGCAUCAAGGUACGCGUCUGGGACGAGGAUAACGAUUUGAAGUCAAAACUGCGGCAGAAGUUGACACGAGAAUCCGAUGACUUCCUGGGGCAGACAAUCAUCGAGGUGCGGACGCUAUCGGGCGAGAUGGAUGUGUGGUACAAUCUGGAAAAGCGAACGGACAAAUCGGCCGUCUCGGGAGCAAUCCGGUUGCACAUUUCCGUCGAAAUCAAGGGUGAGGAGAAGGUUGCACCAUAUCACGUACAAUAUACCUGCCUGCACGAGAACGUAUUCCAUUACUUGUGCGAGGAAGCCUUGGGAACGGUCAACCUCCCGCAAACGAAGGGAGACGACGGAUGGAAGAUCUAUUUUGAUGAAACGCCGGAAGAAAUCGUAGACGAGUUCGCGAUGCGGUACGGCAUCGAAAACAUUUAUCAAGCGAUGACGCACUUCCAUUGCCUCUCGACCAAGUACCUGUGCGCGGGCGUCCCGGCAGUGAUGAGUACCUUAUUAGCAAACAUUAACGCUUACUACGCACAUACGACGGCUUCGAGUGCGGUAUCAGCCAGUGAUCGCUUCGCAGCUAGUAACUUUGGAAAAGAAAAAUUCGUUAAACUACUGGACCAACUGCACAAUUCUCUCCGUAUUGAUCUAUCAAUGUAUCGCAACAACUUCCCCGCAUCUAGCCAAGAGAAGCUGAUGGAUCUGAAGUCCACGGUCGAUCUUCUAACCAGUAUUACAUUUUUCCGCAUGAAGGUACAAGAACUGUCGAGCCCACCUAGAGCCAGCACCGUAGUUAAGGACUGUGUGAAGGCAUGUCUACGCUCAACCUAUCAGUUUCUGUUCGAAAACUGUUACGAGUUGUAUAAUCGAGAAUUUCAGGUCGAUCCCAACGAGGCAAAGCGCGAGGGUGAAGACCACGGACCAAAGCUAGAAAACGUUGACUUUUGGCACAAACUAAUCGCACUUAUCGUAUCGGUUAUAGAGGAAGAUAAGAAUAGUUAUAGCGCAGUACUUAAUCAAUUCCCGCAGGAGCUUAACAUAGGACAGGUAUCUGCCGCCACCAUGUGGAGUCUGUUCGCCAUCGAUAUGAAGUACGCCCUGGAGGAACACGAGCAGCACCGGCUGUGUAAAUCAUCCGCCUACAUGAACCUGCACUUCAAGGUCAAGUGGCUGUAUACGAACUACGUAAAGGAGGUCCCACCGUACAAAGGCGCCGUGCCCGAGUAUCCUGCCUGGUUCGAACCGUUCGUGAUGCAGUGGCUCAACGAGAACGACGACGUUUCGCUCGAGUACCUGCACGGAGCCUUCAAGCGGGAUAAGAAGGACGGGUUCCAAAAGAGCAGCGAACACGCCCUGUUCUCGAACUCGGUUGUGGAUGUGUUCACGCAGUUAACGCAGUGCUUCGAUGUAGUUAGUAAACUGGACUGCCCGGAUCCGGAGAUCUGGAAGCGAUACAUGCGUCGCUUCGCCAAAACCAUCGUUAAGGUGCUGCUAGCUUACGUAGAUAUAGUUAAGGCUGAAUUUCCCGAUAUCAUGCACGAGGAGAGAACGGCUUGUAUUCUAAUGAACAAUAUCCAACAACUUCGGGUCCAAUUGGAGAAAAUGUUUGAUUCGAUGGGCGGCGACAAACUGGAGGAGGAUGCCGCCAACAUUCUGAAGGAGCUACAACAGAACCUAAAUACCGCUUUAGAUGAUUUGGCAACACAAUUUGCCAAGAGUUUGGAACCACGAAUAACCGGUAGUGUUCGAGAGUUGGGUGAUCUGCUGCAACAGGUCAAGCAGCAAACGUCGCUGUUCCAUGCUCCGCCGGCUGACGAUGCCGCGAUGAUUGCGAUGGAAGCGGAUGAAGUUCUGCGGCCGUUGAUGGAUCUGCUGGACGGAUCACUUUCCAUGUACGCACAGUCCUGCGAAAAGACGGUACUGAAGCGGCUGCUCAAGGAACUGUGGAAGAUCGUAAUUAGGACGUUGGAGAAAACCAUUGUGCUUCCGCCGAUGGCGGAUAGAGCGAUGGUAUUCAAACAUCUCACCGACAACGCCAAGAAUCUUGCGGCAAACGCGAAGAUCGAGGAUAUGUCGCGGUUGAUUAAGAAUCACAUGGCCGGCAAACCGGAUGCCAAAAAUGUGCUCAGCGGUGUCAUGGACAUUUCCAAAGAGAUCGAAAAAAAUCUAUCACCGAAACAGUGCGCGGUGCUCGAGGUUGCACUGGACACCAUUCAGCAGUACUUCCAUGCCGGUGGCAACGGGUUGAAGAAACCGUUCUUGGAAAAGUCUCCCGAACUGCAGAGUCUGAAAUAUGCGCUCAGUUUGUACACGCAGACGACCGACACGUUGAUCAAGUCGUUCGUGUCUGGUCAAGGUGCUUCCGAAGAAGGUGGAAUCAACAGCGACGAUGCUUCGGUGGGUGAGGUUUCGAUUCAAAUCGACGUCUCGUCCAAUCCGGAGAACGGCGAACAGAAAGUUUCCGUCAAAGUGAUCGCUGCCAACGAUCUGAAAUGGACCGUCCCGUCUGGCAUGUUCCGACCAUUUAUCGAAGUGAACCUGAUUGGACCGCAUCUGCAUGACCGGAAGCGGAAGUUCGCAACCAAAUCCAAGUCGAACAAUUGGUCGCCAAAGUACAAUGACACGUUCCAUUUCAUAAUUGGCAACGAAGAACAGCUGGAAUUCUUCGAACUGCAUAUCUGCGUCAAAGAUUACUGCUUCGCCCGGGAGGAUCGUCUGGUCGGUGUUGCGAUCCUGAAGCUGAAGGAUGUCGUCGAUCAGGUAGGAAAUAAGGAUCGUUGUUUUCUGUUUUGGUUUGUAGAGGGAAUACUUGCGAUGAAUGAAAGAGAAUGUGUGUACCAAACGGAAGAAUACCAUUUGUGGGUUUGGGAAAGAUUCUAUUCUACAGGUUCCUGGAAUAGUCGAAACCGUUGGAAAUCCUUUUGGCCAAACGUGGACGUGUUUCCUGCUGCCAGCGCACGUGAGUAAACACUUUUGCUAACAUGAUUUUUAUUCGAGUCUUUCAUUUCAAGCAUCAACGGAACAGGGAAUCAAAUCGAAACACUAUCCUGAAGAAUGGCCGAAGGAUUGGUAGAACAAAUAAAUGUAUAUCAAGAAA